UUGGACGCAUCGUCUUUGAAUUAUUUGCUGACAUUGUACCUAAAACUGCUGAAAAUUUCCGUGCAUUAUGUACAGGAGAGAAAGGAACAGGGCCUACCACUGGAAAACCUCUCCAUUAUAAAGGCUGUCCUUUCCACAGAAUAAUAAAACAAUUCAUGGUACAGGGUGGAGAUUUCUCAAAUCAAAAUGGCACAGGCGGAGAAAGUAUAUAUGGUGAAAAAUUUGAAGAUGAAAACUUUCAUUAUAAGCAUGAUAAACCAGGGCUGCUGAGCAUGGCAAAUGCAGGACCUGGUACUAAUGGCUCUCAGUUCUUUAUUACAACGGUGCCUGCUUCUCAUCUGGAUGGGAAACAUGUGGUAUUUGGCCAAGUAAUCAAAGGAAUGGGUGUAGUUAAAAUACUAGAAAACGUUGAAGUAAAAGGAGAAAAUCCUGCUAAGUUGUGCAUCAUUGCAGAUUGUGGAGAGCUAAAGGAAGGAGAUGACUGGGGAAUUGUUCCCCAGGAUGGAUCUGGAGACGCUCAUCCAGAUUUUCCUGAAGAUUCAGAUACAGACUUGAAAGAUGUUGACAAGAUUGUGGCCAUAGCAGAAGACAUAAAGAAUAUAGGAAAUACUUUCUUCAAAUCGCAAAAUUGGCAAGUGGCAGCUAAAAAGUACAGUAAAAGUUUACGGUAUGUAGAAGCUUCUGAAGCAGUGGCAGAGGAGGCAGACAAACCAAAGUUAAAGACUGUUGCUUUGAUCUGUGUUUUAAACAUUGGCGCUUGUAAACUAAAACUGUUGGAUUGGCAGGGAGCCAUUGAAAGUUGUUCAGAG